AUGACGGGAACUUGGUGGUCGUCAACAAACGUCCAUCAUAAGUUGAACAAAACGGUUGCUCUUCUGUUGGAAACAGGGGAUUUGGUUCUGUCUUCAGAUUCAAACAGAAGCACUUUGUAUUGGGAGAGCUUUAACAAUCCAACUGAUACUUUCUUGCCUGGUAUGAGGGUUAGGGUGAAUCCAUCAAGAGUAGAGAAUCGCGCUUUUAUUCCGUGGAAAUCAGAAAAUGAUCCUUCACCCGGAAGGUAUUCACUUGGGAUUGAUCCCAUUGGAGCAUUAGAGAUUGUGAUUUGGGAAGGGGACACGAGGAAGUGGAGAAGCGAACCAUGGGAUUCAGUUAUAUUUACCGGUAUACCGGAUAUGUUCCGUUUCACGAACCAUCUUUACCAUAUUAACAUCUCUUCUCCUCCUGACCCAGAUGGUAACGUGUACUUCACGUAUGCUCCGACAAACAGUUCUGAUCUAUUGAGGUUUCAGAUCAGGUUUGAUGGCGUACUAGAGCAGUUCAGGAGGACUACGAAUGCCAAGAACUGGACUUUGGUUACAUCGAACCCAAGCAUGGAAUGCGAAAACUAUAACCGCUGCGGCAAUUACAGCUUAUGUGAUGAUAGUAAAGACUUUAGUUCUGGUAAAUGUAGUUGCAUUGAUGGGUUUAAGCCCGUGUACUGGAAUCAAUGGAACAACGGGGAUUUCUCGGGUGGCUGCAAGAGAAUGGUUCCAUUGAGCUGUGGACAGAGUCUGGUUGCGGAUAGGGAAGACGGGUUUAAGGUACUUAGGGGAAUGAAGGAGCCUGAUUUUGGAUCAAUUGUUUCGCUUAACAACUCAGAGACUUGUAAGGAUGUAUGCGUGAGGGAUUGCUCAUGCACUGCUUUUGCGCUUACACUUAAAAACAAGUUAGGACAAGGCGGUUUCGGUCCUGUUUACAAGGGAAAAUUGCAAGAAAGUCAAGAAAUCGCGGUUAAAAGGCUUUCGUGUGCUUCUGGACAAGGACUUGAAGAACUUGUUGAUGAAGUAGUCGUCAUUUCCAAAUUGCAACACCGUAAUUCAGUGAGAUUGCUUGGGUGCUGCAUCGAGAGAGAAGAGAUGAUGUUGGUGUAUGAGUUCAUGCCGAAGAAAAGCCUAGACGGUUAUCUAUUUGAAAAAUCCGAUGUUUUCAGCCUUGGAGUUAUACUAUUGGAGAUUGUGAGUGGAAGGAAAAUCUCAAGCUUUUAUAACGAUGACAAGAAUCUGAAUCUUUUAGAUUAUGCUUGGAAAUUAUGGAAUGAUAGGCAGGCUAUCACUCUUGCAGACCCUUGA